AUGGGUGUUGAACUUGGAGGCAUGAAGGGGAGGCUUGGAGGCCCAGAUCGGAUAGUCUAUUUUUUGGGACAUGCUGUUGGCACAGAAGAGAAGAGGGGGUCGUUCAUGCCGUUUUCUGGUGGUUGCUCACUCGUGAGACUUACCCCAGCAGCUGAGCAGGGCGAGGCGCGAGGCGAGGAGAUGCAUGAAAAAGACGGCCCAGCGGGAUCGCUGCACAGUGGGAUCGCACAGUUCAUUAUUAGACCAUUGAUGGUAGGAGGAUCCCUCCUGGCCAUCAUCUCUCACAAACAGAGGAAGUGGAUCCUUUCAUCCAGCUCCCCCUGCGGCUUGGAAGCCGCAUCUUGGGGCGCAGCUAGGAGACGCUGA